GUGCCCAAACAACAACAGACAGGUGACGGAUGGAGAAGGAGCGUCAGUCUUUACUCCCUGCGACCAAAAGCCUAAACAUCACUGCAGGUCCCCGAGUAUGAGCUCGUCAGCCGAGGACAGGGAUCCGCGGACCGUCCGGGACAAUGUGGAAGAAAGCGGCGGUGGUCCCACCUGCGCAGGAGAGAGCAGCAAACACGACUCGGCGUGCGCGGGCAGCGAGAUAAAGAGCCGAGCCGUGGUCAAGUACUCCGCCGCCCCACCUCCUACCAGCUACGCCCUGCUGCAGGAGAAGACCGACCUGAAGCUGCCCCCCGCCAACUGGCUCCGAGAAAACCCGCAGCUGGGCACCGCUGGCACCACCGUGUUAGGCUCCAGCAGCAAGAGCAAGCCCUUUUCCAGCUUCGGAAUGGCUUACGAGUUCAUCGACUGCAUCGGAGACGACGUCGACGUGGUGUCGGACUCGGAGAACAUCAAGAAGCUUUUGAAGAUUCCCUACAGCAAAUCCCACGUCAGUAUGGCUGUUCACCGCGUGGGGAGGACGUUGCUUUUGGAUGAGCUGGACAUUCAAGAGCUCUUCAUGAGAUCCUCUCAGACGGGAGAUUGGACGUGGCUAAAAGAGUUCUACCAGCGACUAAUAGAUCAGAAGUGGCAGAGGAAGAAGAAGAGCAAAGAGCACUGGUAUCAGAAAGCCAUUCUGUCAAAGUUCCUCUACUACAGUAUAAAUGGCGAUGGGGCGGCGGCGCCUGUGGCGGACAACCGCAAUGAACCCGAGGAGGAGAACGAGGCGGAGGAGUACAGUGCUUCGUGGCCCACAGCCUUCACCAGCGCCGCGUCCGAUAUUGAAGAAUCAGACGCUCCCAAGCCGGGCAGCGUUUCCGUGGACAGCCAGUUUGCUCUGGGCCAGGUGACCUCUGUCCCCAAAGAGCAGAACCUCCCGAUGCUCUUCGACGAAGGGGAGAACAGCCAGGGUCUAAGAAACGACUUUGUCCGGAACAUAAUGUGGACGUUUGAAGAUAUCCACAUGUUGGUUGGCUCCAACAUGCCCAUUUUUGGAGGCGGUCGCUAUCCUGCCGUCAGCCUGAGACUCAGGGACAACAAUAAACCCAUCAACAUCCUGACCGGUAUUGACUACUGGCUCGACAAUCUAAUGUGUAAUGUCCCAGAGCUUGUCAUGUGCUUUCACGUCAAUGGCAUUGUUCAGAAAUAUGAGAUGAUCAAAACAGAGGAAAUCCCUCAUCUGGAGAAUUCCAACUUCUCCACACGGGUGGUAAAAGACAUUGCCCAAAAUAUCCUCUCUUUCCUCAAGUCCAACUGCACCAAAGAGGGUCACACCUACUGGCUCUUCAAAGCUAGUGGGAGUGACAUUGUGAAGCUUUAUGAUCUUACUACUCUGUGUGAAGAGGCGGAAGAGGAGAAGUGUCAGAAUCCCUUCACUCUUCCUGUCGCAGUGUUACUAUACAGAGUCGCCAGCAACUUGAUGCUGAAGGCGAGGCAAAACAGGAAGCACUACGGCACAAUCCGAACGCUGCUCCUAAACUGCGUCAAACUGCUGGAUGAGGAGAGGCACCCCCAGAUCAUGGCCUCCGCCCACUACAUGCUGUCAGAGCUGUUCCAGCUCGACGAGCCUCCGGAUGGAGACGGAGGGGAGUCGCUUCGGGCCGGCGGAUCAGAGGACAGCUACAGCGACGAAGACGGGGAGGAGGAGGAGCUGACAGAGGACAGUGAUGAGAACUGCUCCUACAGCUCCUCCAGCCCACAAGAUGAUAGUAAAGCUGUGGCCGUGAUCCGCUCCGUCUGGGAGCUGUCGGUCCCGGAGAAAUACAAAUCCACUCAUCAGAUCAGACCGAGCGGCGUCUUCCCGGUCUCUCAAGACAAGGAGGAGCGAUGCAGACACGUCCUGAGCUACGUGCUGAAGGGGCUGAAGGCAGUGGAUGGCACCAUCAAGGAGAGUGAUCUCCCAGCCGCGGACCCCAACACCCCCAUUCCUCUAAAAUACGAGGACAAAAGUGCAACCGGAGCCUGCGCUGCUGAGCAAGGCAUCUCUCUUCUGGAAAGGGCGAGGCCCUUGCAGGUGGAUCAGAAGCACCCGACGCGCUCCGGGAUGAUCCCCUGCUCGUGGCAGCAUCGCAUGAAGCUGCAGCUCUUCCUCAAAGCGUCCAAGGCCUACUACGUCCUGUCUGACGCCGCCACCAACUUGCUCAAGUACGGGCGAGCCCUGCGCUACAUCAAGCUGUCGCUGCAGUGUUACGAUGCCUAUUGUUCAGUGAGUGGAACACUAAACCCCCACGUGCUGCAGUUUCACAGCCAGUGCCUGUCUCUGUGUGGGGACAUCCAGCUGAUGCUGGCCCAGAAUGCCAACAACAGGGCAGCGUACCUGGAGGAGUACAGCUACCAGACCAAAGAGGACCAGGAGAUCCUGCAUAGCCUGCAGCGAGAGAGCAGCUGCCAGGCCUUCAAUAUGGCGACAGACCUGGCCAUGGACCCGGAGUACCAGCUGUUUGUUAGCAGUAAGUGCUACGAGGCAGCCUAUGAACUGGUCAUCUCCGAGGCUUUGAAAGAUCACGCCAGCGAUCAGCUGGCUCAGGUGCUCAAAAGGCUGGGAAACAUCCGCAAUGAGAUGGGAGUCUACCAUAUGAACCAGGCCGCGGCCAUGCAAACCGAGAAAGAAGUGAAGACGUCUGUGUCCGUAGCAGAGCAGGAGAUGUGGAAAAAGAGUUUUUCCUUCUUUGAGAAAGGCAUAAAGGACUUUGAAGCCAUUGAGGACAGCACCAACACAGCCUUGCUGCUGUGUAACACCGGCAGGCUGAUGAGAAUCUGUGCUCAGGCCCACUGUGCCGUGUCUGCUGACCAGAGCCGGGGGGAGUUCUCGCCUGAAGAGGCCCUCUACUACAACAAGGCCAUAGACUACUACUCGAGAGCUUUGAAGUCCCUGGCGAGCCGAGGGAACCACCCAGCGGUGUGGGACAGUGUGAACUGGGAGCUGUCCACCACCUAUUUCACUCUAGCUACACUUCUGCAGGACUACGCCCCGCUGUCCCGGAAGGCCCAGGAGCAGAUUGAGCGGGAGGUGACUGAAGCGAUGAUGAAAUCCCUGAAGUACUGCGACCUGCAGACGGAGUCGGCUCGCCAGCCGCUGUACCAGUACAGAGCUGCCACCAUCCACCACCGCCUGGCCUCCAUGUACCACAGCUGCUACCGCAACCAGGUGGGGGACGAGCACUUGAGGAAGCAGCACCGCAGCCUGGCAGAGCUUCACUACGGCAAGGCGGUGUGUCUGUUCGUGAGCCUCAAAGACGCACCCUGCGAGCUGCUGCGCACGCUCCUGGAGAGGGUGGCCUUCGCCGAGUUCACCAUGGCGGGUCAGACCAGCAGUGCGGCCAAGCUGAAGAGCCUGACUGGGGCGGUGGAGAUCAUGGCAGAAACUCGCUGUGCUUUCCAGCGGAUUCACAAAGAGCUGCUGGAGGAGCAGAUGGAGUUGGUCAAACCAGACGCAGCCGAGGCGGCACAAUCCCCCGACGUGGCCGGCGGCUCCACCUCCGGACUGAACCUCGCGGAGGUGAUGAAGCUAAUUGGGGUGUUUGAGCAGAGUUUCUCCUUCCUGCUGCUGCAGCUGAUCAAGCUGAUGACGACGAUGAAACGGAAACCAAGCAAUAAGGACGAGGAGUGGUUGAAAACCUACAAGAACGUGUAUUCCAAGCUGCUGCGGGCUGAGAAGAACGCGCCUCUCCUGAGCCGCGUGGAGCUCCACAUAGAGCUCCUGCAGCAGCUGACCCCACAAACAGGAAGUGACGACACGCAUUCAUGACGAUGUCAUGGACCACAGCAAGGAAGACGCUCAACACCUUAACUCCCUCCUGUGACGGAGAGCGGUGAUUUGUAGAAAGUUUUAUGAACAGGCACGUGCUCAGGCAACAGUUCAAAAGCUAAUUUCACCUUCUGCGCCUUUUAAAACCAGCUAAUAGUUUUCUAACAUUUGCAUCACAGAUAUUAAUUGUACAUUUUAUGUGAAGAACUGUAAAUUCAGAAGAUAUUAUUUCAUUUUCUAUUUUGCUUGCCUAAGCAGUUAUUGGUGAUGUCUAAAAUCUGUUGUUGGCUGUACCUCGGAUUGCCUCAUUUUUCUACAAAGCUAAAACAUACCGUUUUAAUGAUGUUUUGUUACACAGGGGCUUAAAAACAGAUCAAUCAUUCAGCACAUGCUCACAAAAAUGAUCCGUAUGAAUAUAAUUGGUGUUUUUGAUAUUCAAUAAUACCAGUAAUGCUGUGAAAAAAAAAGAAAGAAGUGUGAUCGAGAUUUCCCAAAACAACCGUGUGCAAUUGUUCGGCAACAUUUAAUGCAAACUCAGCGGCUGUAUGUAUAAAUAUAAGUUUAUAUCUGCAUGGUUUGCUGCGACGUGAAAAUAAAGUUUUUAAAU